AUGUCUUUAAACACUUUUAAGGAAAUGAUUAGCCUCAAUUCCAAGAGGAAAAGGAGAAAACCUGACAUCUCACCUUUCGUUGGAUUAACGCAUGCCCAUGAGCUGAACAGGAAUUGCUGCCAAAAUGGAGGAACCUGUUUCCUGGGGACUUUCUGCAUAUGUCCGAAGUAUUUUACUGGUAGACAUUGUGAACAUGAUAAACGUAUCAGAUUCUGUGGCACAGUGAGGCAUGGGGAGCGGACCAAGGACGACUGCCUGCUCUGCCAGUGUGUCCAUGGGGUCCUUCAUUGUUUUCCUCAUGGUCUGAGAGAUGGCUGUGAGCCCCAGGUAGCUCCGGACCUGACCGAUUAUCUGCGGGUGGUGGGAGGACGGCAGGGCACUUCCAUCUCCACCUUCCCCACGGACUGCGCGAACCGGACGGCUACGCACAGCACUAGAGGGAUGGCACGUUUCCUGGAAACUUAA